UUAUUGUAGUAGUGAUGGUUGCCUAAGUUAACUUACCAUUUUUCGUUUUAUUAGUAGUGUAGAAGUGUGUUCUGUUGUUGAACGAUAUUGGAUAAAUUUGAAGCAAAAAGAAAAUUGAAUCCAUAAAAAUGAGUCAAAAAGCCGGAAAAAAGACUCGUCGCCGCACAGAAGAAGAAUUAGAAAGUACAGGAAAUGAAACGAAGAAUGUAGAUAGCAGAGCGGCACUAGAAAAUGGCAAAUCAAAUGAUAACAGUCUAAACGAAGAAGUGCAGGAGAUACAAGCAGAAACAAAUGAUAAAAUUGAAGUCCCUGAGAAAAGAAGAUUAAUUGAAACAAGAAGUCGAUCAUCAACUCCAAUUAUGAAGAAAGUGAAACCAACAGAACCACAAACAGAAUCUUUACAGGAAUCUGGGAAUUCUAAUGUUACAGAGGAAAAGAAGAAUGGAAGUGGUGAUGCACUAAACUCCUCUUUGGAUUCAGUGCAAGAAGAAGAAAUCGAGUCUGAAUCUCAAACACAUGAAAAUUCAGAACUACAAUUAAAAUUGGAUGACUCACCAAUUCUGAGGAGUAAGGUAAAUAAAUCAGUAGUGACUUCUCAUAUUCCAUCCGAAACUCAGAGUUCAGAAACUGAGCAGAAGCAGACAGAAAACAGGCAACCAUAUGUCUCUUUAGUUCGCAUGGAGAAUCUUGAUAACAAAAAAGACAAUGACAGUUCAAAUUUGCAGGACUCAGUAGAAAGUAACGAUUCCACCAAGAAACCUGAAGAAAAUAUAACAAAUGGUCAUGAAGAAUCAAAUGAUUCGUUUGCGUCACUUGCCACGAAUGAUUUGAGUACAGUAGCAGUUUGUGAGAGUGAUGCCACAAGACUUAAUGCAGAAUUUUCUCUCAAAGAUUCUGAAAUACUGGACAGUCCUUCCAAUUCGUUUUUAAACAUCACAAAAGACAAAAGUUUGGUCGAUACUUGUCGCAGAUUGUCUUCACGAAAGUCUAUUCGUCCCUUGGAUGAAGACUUUAGAAAACGAGUUCUGAGAAGCAAUUUGGAAAAUAAGGAUUCUCUUGAUAGUCCGUAUCCAUCUCGUUAUUCGGUCGAAAGAAUUACAGGUAUGAAACGUAAAAAUCAUAGCAUCACCCCACCCGAUACGAAAAGGGCGAGAACAGAAGGCGGAACUAUUAUGUCUUAUAUUUCGAGGCCAAUCAGCACAUUGAAGAGAAGAAUAAGUCGUUCUGAUCUACAAUCCAACACCCCAAAACUCACAGGGUACAAAACAAGAUAUGAAGGAUUUGAAAUCAACAGUGGAAGCCAAGUUGGAGUAGAAGUUGGCCGAAGUGAUAUGGAGAAGAAAUGGUGUUCUAUAAUGUAAGCCAUUUUUCUUUUUCAUAAUAUCUCCAAUUAUUAGAUUUUUUUCAAAUACUGCACUAAGUAAUUGGAAGAAAACUUUGCUAUAUUCAGUUUCAACUAACAACUCAAAAGAAAAUUGAUUCAAUUCUUGUGAUUAUAACAGAGAUAGUUCUUGUUACCUUUUGUACAAAUUCCUUGAAAUUUUAAUUCAUAAAGAAAAUACUCACACUCA